AUGAAUGAAGCAUUCACCCUGAGACGCUAUUCCCGGCGCCGCAGCUGCCUGCUCUGUCGCGCACGGAAGGUCAAAUGUGAUCGACAACAACCAUGGGGAGGUUGCUUUCGAGCUGCCACAACCUGCAUUUAUCCCACGGGGACGGGGCGCGCCCCUAAGCGGCCACUGCAACCCACAAACAAUUCGGCGCCCCUAGACCCAUCCACAGCCUCUCUGCCACCCCAAGGGAACCAGCGGACUGGUCGUCUUGCCAUUGACAGCACCUCCAGUGUCUAUGUGAGCAACGUGCUCUGGGCUAGUCUAGACGACGAGAUUGAAUACCUGCGAGAUUUGCUGCACGAAUUCUCAUCGAACAACAAUGACGAUGACGAGGAAGGGGUUUGGCACGAAGAAACAGAUGAGAAAGAGGGACCGGUCAGCGCAAUCGGGCUGAAUGCCGCCAUUAUGGGCUUCAGGUCGCUCGCUCACUCCCUGCGAGACUACCAUCCGUCCAUCUCUCAAUCAGUCGCCCUGUUUGAGAUCUUCCAGACCAAUGUCGCUCCCGUGGUGAAGAUCUUCCAUAUGCCAACCCUGACGACGCUUUUUUGGAACGCAGUCGCCUCGCUUGACACCCUCGAUUGCAACACCGAGGCCCUCCUGUUUGCCAUAUACUACGCUGCGAUCACCAGUACUAUCGACCAGACCCAGUGUCCUCUCGGUCUAACGCGACCGCAGGCCCUUUGUACCUGUCGUUCUGCCGUCGAGCAGGCCCUCGCCUGUGCUGAUCUGCUGAAUACCCAGAACAUGGUUUUGCUGCAGGCAGCUGCUUUGUUUCUCUGUGCCUUGCGCAAUGAAGACGACUCCCGAACUCUCUGCUCACUGACAGCCUUGAUUAUUGAACUGCGACGGCGACUGUGGUGGUUUAUCGUCGGACUCAACCAGCGCUCGUCCGAAUACCACGGACACGAACCCAUUAUAUCCAAGGCGCCAUUUGACACCCGGUUACCGUUGAAUGUCAAUGAUUCCGACCUGACCGCGGACAUGGUCCAGCCGCCAGCGGAGCGAGACGGCGCCACCGAGAUGACACUGAGCCUGAUCGGGUUCGAAUCGAUUUCCAUUGUUCGCAAGGUCAGCUUCAUUCCCCCUCGUCACCGUCAGGUUAGGACAACCAGCAGUGCAUCUGUCACCGAGCUGUCGUUGCCCAAACGAGAGGCACUAGCUGAGCAGCUCCAGAGCCGCCUUGAGACCCGCUACCUGGCGUAUUGCGAUCCUGCCGACCCCUUCCUCUUUGUCUCAGCUACCGUGGCGCGGCUGAUCAUCGCCCGCGUAUGGCUGAUGGUCCACUAUCCCUGUAAGCGGGCGGAUAGUAAAGGCGUAUCAGCAGCAUUGCUGCAGGCGAGUCUACAGGAUAAGAUCUUUCACCUCGCCAUUGAGAUCUUGGAGCGGUCCUGCUCCGUCCUGUGCAAUCUGAGUAUCGCUCAUUGGGCCUGGGCGUGGGCUGUAGUAGAGAUUCUCUAUGACCGCUGGCGCAUGAAGGAGCAUGCGCGCAAGGGUACGUUGUGGAAGCCGAUCGAGCGGUUAAUGGCCAAAGCGCGUUAUGUCCGUGAGAUGCAGUCCGUGGCAGCCGCUGUCGGGGGUUCAUCGUCGGUGGUGGAAGCGAGCCCACACCUCCCCCAAGUUGCCCGUCACAACAACGUCACGGCGACGUUGGAUCCCCUGGAUGAUAUCUUCUCUCUGGCACCCUUUAUGGAGGUGCGUUCUGAUUUAGAUGACCUCUUUCUUGUGGACGAUAACUUUGUCCAGGUAGACAUGCGCCCAGGUUGA